CUCCACUCUCGAGUUUCUCUUGCUGCUGUCUGGUCGAAUCUCUCUCCUCUCCUGUGCUCGUCCUGUGCAGCUGCUGCACCCAAGCUAAGCUACCACGCGGACAGUGCCCUCCAGCACCUCCCUGCUCCAUGCAUCCUUAGCUCCUAAUCAUCUCGUCCCUCAGGAGCCUGCCUACCACCGCGCCUUACCUCGAUCCUCGCCGCAAUCCUAACCGACGGGGUCCGGUUCCGAGCAUGGCGAACUCUAUGAGCGCCAUCUCCGCCGUGUCCGGCGCGGCGAGGUCGUUCGGCCGCCUGUCGUCCACCACGGAGGCCGCCAGCCUGUGCCCCGCGCCCGCCCUUUCCGCCAGUCAGGCAAUCAUCGAGGAGAGCUCUGUGCUGGCCAGCGACGGCGCGAGGCGCUUCGCUCAGGGCCCGAGAGUCGCGUCGCCCGACCGUUCGUCGUCGCAUAGCCUUUGCUUCGACGACGAUUGCACCCAGUCAGGGUUGAAGCCGGCCAACGGCUGGUCGCUCGAGCGGACAGCGUUCGAUUCCACGAAAGCCGGUCCGAGUGCGUCUGCCUGCAGCAGCGGGAGAGCUCUUCUGUCAAGCGGCAGCAGUAUCCUGUGGCAAGAGCGGCCGGACUUACCGGAGGCAGCUGUAUUCCGGCUUGCACCUGUCGGGCCGCCGUUUUCUUGCGGAAGUGGAUGGGAGCAGAAUGGGAAAGCAGGGCACGUGACGCCUUCGCGCAGAGCUCACGUACCGGUCAGAAAGCCGCAGAAGCCGCUAAGGGGCGUGCAAAGCCUGGGCCGGGGUUCCUCUUCCGGCGCGCCGCCGCUGCUGCCGCUAGCGCUGCUGUCGCAGUCGAGCGAGGCCAUGGCGUGGCAGCUGUACCUGCAGCACCUAGACGGCUCGCAAGCGCGGGAAUUACAGGACUCACCGGAUUCACGAGACUCCAGAGACUCGCGAGAUUCGAGAUAUUCAAGGGAUGCACGGGAGUCAAGGGAGGCAAGGCGGUCGACCCCCGAGGGCGUGAGGGAGAGGGCAGUGUUUCUAGAGGAGCUGGGGGUGGACAUGGUAGCGGCCAUCGUUAAGUGCCCAGCGCUCAUGGACACGACGCUGCCGGUCAUGCGAGCCGCCGUUCACUUCCUGCGCGUCGACGUUGGUAUGUGCACGCCGCGCGACAUCGAGCGCGUCGUGCACCGCUGCCCGCAGAUUCUGACCCUCAGCGCCGACGCGCGGCUGCGCCCCGUGGUGAGUCUCCUGCGUUGCGACCUCGGCCUGGACAGGGCGCACGUGAAAAAGGUAAUCUCCCGCUGUCCCGCGCUGCUGGCGCAGCCGAUCGACACGGUGCUCCGGCCGGCCGUCGAGUUCCUUCGCUCCACGGGCGUGGAGAAUCUGGGCAAGGCGGUGGUGAACAACCCGUCGCUGCUGAGCGUGGAUCCCCAGCAGAAGCUGCUGCCGCGGCUGAGCUUCCUGCAGGAGCAGGGGCUCACGGCGGACGAGGCGAAGCGGGUGCUGGCGCGCUGCCCCGCCAUCUUCAACUACAGCAUCCAGAGCAACCUGGCGCCCAAGCUAGAGUUCCUCACAGGCCCCAUGCGACGCUCUGUCAAGGAGGUUCUUUCCUUCCCGCAGUUCUUUUCCUUCAGCCUUGACGGGCGCAUUCAGCCCCGGUUUCGCAUGGCGGCAGAGAGGGGGCUGUCGCUCAGUCUUGGCGCACUUCUUGCUCUUCCUGACGAUGCUUUUCUUCUUAACUGCGGGGAACUGAGAGAGUCGUGCCAAGGGGUGGGGCAGAGAGGCCUGGAGCCCUUGAAGCUGAGAGACUAGGCUGGGCCCACAGCUGAGCCAUGAUGCUAAGGAAUUCUCUGUACAUGCCUUCAUGUUCUGCUGGUUUGGGAUUCGUUUUCUAGCAAUUUCAACGCUACUGUCCUCCCUACUGCAUUGGGGCAUUAUCCCUACUGCAGUGGGGCCAUUACUUGAAAGAAAUGAAUGGUAGUACU